AUGUGCAUUAUCGGUGCUGUAGGCUACUUUGUUGUGAAGAAAAAGAGUACUACCGGUGCUACCGGUGCUGCCGGUACUACCAGCACUGUAAUGAAUGGUGCUGCCGAUACUACCGGUGCCGCAGUGGCAGCUGAAAAACAUUUCCCAAUGCCUUCACCAGCCGGAACGGAUACACAAGGAAUAGAAGGAAGUAAAAGUGGUUCGAAAAAAAGGAAAAAGAAAAGUAGUAGUAAAAGGAAGAAACAGAAGAAACAGUGA